AUGCUGCUGGCUUUGUUUCUGGUUCUGGCCCAAACCUGCAAAGCCGCAGACACUUCCAACUCUUCCUCCACCGUGUUCCAGUACAGCAUCUGGGAGGAGCAGCCGAUGGGAACACAGGUCGCCAGUCUGUCGGAUGACCUCCACAAACGGGAUGAACUGGGUCACUUGGAAGGCUUCCAAAUAGUCGAACACGGGAAAACCUUGCCUUUCUCUGUCAACGCUCCGGACGGGGUCAUUUCCACCCAGGGACGCCUAGACCGAGAACAAUUAUGUCGGAAUUCAGACGUCUGCGAGCUCGCCUUCAGUGUCCUCUACCGGAAAGGCGGGGACGUCAACUGCCUUAGAGUUCACGUGGAAAUUAUGGAUCUAAACGACAACAGUCCAAGCUUCCCAAGUCCGUUUCAAGAGCUGGAGAUUUCAGAAAUGGCAGCGUUGCGGAUGAGGAUACCCUUGGAACACGCGGUAGAUCCGGAUGCUGGACCAAAUGGACUUCAGACGUACUCAUUGUCAGCUAACACACACUUCGCCUUGGAUGUUACCGCAGCUCCCGGCGGAACCAAACAAGCCGAACUAGUCGUAAUCAAGGAGCUAGAUCGGGAAGUGAAGGAUGCGUUUGAGUUGACGCUUGUGGCAUGGGAUAAGGGGAAUCCGCCAAGAUCUGGGAGUACAAUGGUCCGUGUUAAAAUUCAGGAUUCAAAUGAUAACAGUCCGAUAUUUGAGGAUAGCAAGCCCGUUUUGGAGCUUCCAGAAGAUACCGAAAUUGGUCACGUUAUUGCAAAUCUAAAGGCAUCGGAUCCGGAUGAAGGCGACAACGGUUUAGUCGAGUACUCCAUUAGCAAGCACACACGUCCAGAGACAAAACGCCUCUUCGCGAUCGAUUCACAAACUGGCGAUGUUAGUUUAAAAGCACUUUUGGAUUACGAAGACACACGUUCCCAUGAAGUUAUUGUCCAAGCUCGCGACAAGGGCCCUAACUCUAUCCCUUCCCACUGCAAACUUCACGUAAAAGUAUUGGAUGUGAACGAUAACGCACCGAGAAUCCAUGCCACCUGGACCACGCCCAACUCUCCGGGGCCAAAUGUGCUUGAAGGAGCCGAAAUUGGGACUUUUCUGGCUUUGGUUUUAGUCUCCGAUGCUGACUCUGGGGAGGACGCUGUAGCGUUGGUGACGACAUUUUGCCGGCCUGUCAAAAGAGAAAAUCGUGCGUACAACUGUCGGCACGCAGAAUCAACGUACACUCGGCAUCCCAGGAGGCCGCAGAAGAACAUCAGGAAGUCGGAUAUUCAAUUGAUUCCGGUUAUUCGAGGGAGAAAAGACGACCCACUCCAUGACAACAGCGAGUCCCAACCUCUGUCUACGUCGUCCACGAUGUCGGAGGAGCUGCCGAACGAACGUCAAUACACGUUGGUGCCGUCUUGUUUGAACUCUAGCUUCCACUCGCAAAGCUACCAAGAAAUCGACGGCAUCCAAGCUAGCAUUCAUCACGGUAAAACGCUAUGCAAGCCCGGGAACAUCGAACUGGACAGCCCUUUGGUCAUAACCCCGGCGUCUUCGUACCGCACGCUUCGCAAAUCCAGAAAUCAGUCCUCGUCGUCUUCCGUGUCCCACGCCAGCACGCUGAGAAGGCAAAGAAGCGAGGAGUCCAACGUGUCCCAAGCCACUCUGAGGAGGCAGAAGACGGAGGGCCGGGAGGCGGAACAGCAGCGGAUCUGGAGGAAUCUGGUUCGGUUGUCCAUGGCGGCGUUCGGGGAUUCCAUCGAGCUCUCCGCGGCUUCUCCAGACGUCCAACAGAUCUCUCAGCUGCUGUCUCUGCUCAGACAAGGCCAGCUUCAGCCCAGGACCAACUUCAGAGGAAACAAGUUCUCCCAGCGCCGGUAUGGGACCCAGGACUGCGGGGGAGACUGGCAGAGCACAAAGGACAGCGGACACGGGGAGAGCGAGCCUGGAGACGGGGACAUGGGCUGGGACGGAGCGGCAGAGUGCCCCCUGGAGGCACAGCUGGAGGAAGGACUCAGCAAACUCAUCCACAACAACGAUGAGGUCUUCUCGGACGUCCCGGACCCCGCCUGGAUGGCCCGGCUGUCCGUGCCGCUCUCUACUGAUUACCAUGACAACGUCUUUGUCCCCAACGGGCCACCGUCCACCGACAGCGAGCUCCUCCCCCCGGACAGACUGGACUCCUCCUCCUCCUUCUCCACUUUUGGGAAGUCUGUGGACCGGGACGAGGAGCCGCUGAACGGGGCCUUGCUGUCGGAGGUGAGCUCCUUGUUCCAGAUGCUCAUGACCCAGAAGGGCGGCUCCAGGCUGGGCCCCCCUCCGGACGUCCUGUACCGGCUCUCCAACGCCUACCGCCAAAGCAAACAGCAGAGGGCAGAGCUGCACCAGUGA